UUUGAUGCUGGCGGACCCGGAAAUGGACUUGGAACUUUUCAGCGAGCGAUUGAUUCCAAACAUUUUGUUUGCCUCCAUUCAUGAAUCACCAUGAAUUAUUUUGGCGACGCCUUUCCAGCGGACACCUGCUUGUUCGCCGACACAUUUCCUGAAGACACAGUUUACAAGUUAAUGGGCCAGGAGCUGACGAUCACGCAGCAUUUUGGUGCCAACCUCGGCGUGGCGGCUCCAGUGUGGGAAGCAGCGCUACAUCUCUGUCACUACUUCGAGGAGCAUCGUAUGGAGUGGCGUGGGAAACGUGUCGUCGAACUGGGAGCGGGGACUGGUGUGGUUGGAAUUGUGGCUGCUCGCCUAGGUGCAGACGUGACCCUCACAGACCUGCCAGCAACUGUGCCACAGCUGCAAGACAACAUCUGGGCCAACAUGCCGUCCAGCGGGUGGCCUUCCUCCCCGCCCGCCGCCCUCUCCCUGCGCUGGGGCCAGGACCACAGGAAGUUCCCCUCGGACUGGGACUUGGUGCUGGGCGCAGACAUCGUGUACCUGCCCGAGACGUACCCGCUGCUGAUGGACACCUUGGUGCACCUGUGCAAGAACAAGGCACAGCUUUAUAUGUCUUCCAAAAUGCGAAAGGAGCACGAGACGCCGCGCUUCUUUGAGGAACUUCUCCCAGAGAGGUUCGACGUGCAGCUCGUGCACCGCGACCACAACCAGAACAUCAACAUUUACAGAGCAGCUCUGAACAAGGAGCACUAGUUGAAGGAGUCACUUCCGGGUUUUAAACUUCAGGAACCUUUUUGUAUCAAUUUUAACAUUCCCUUUUUAUUUUUUUACCAGGUGUCUUCACACCAACCAUGUGGAAAACUGCACAGUCACUCACUUUUUGGAUUCCUAAACAGUGUGUGUGUAUAUAUAUAUAAAUAUAUAUAUAUAUAUAUAUAUACACACAUUAUAUAUACAUAUAUAUACAAGAGUUGUAGUAAUUAUUGGAAACUCAAGACAGCCAUGACAUUAUGUUCUUUACAAGUGUAUGUAAACUUUUGACCACAACUAUAUAUAUAUAUAUAUAUAUAUAUAUAUAUAUAUAUAUAUAUAUAUUAGGGCUAUGAAUCUUUGGGUGUCCCACGAUUCGAUUCAAUUUCGAUUCUUGGAGUCACGAUUCGAUUCAAAAUCGAUUUUUUUUUUUUUUCAAUUCAACACGAUUCUCGAUUCAAAAGGAUUCUCUAUUCAUUCAAUACAUAGGAUUUCAGCAGGAUCUACCCCAGUCUGCUGACAUGCAAGCAGAGUAGUAGAUUUUUGUACAAAGCUUUUAUAAUUGUAAAAGACAAUGUUUUAUUAACUGAUUGCAAUAAUGUAAAUUUGUUUUAACUAUUAAAUGAACCAAAAAUAUGACUUAUUUUAUCUUUGUGAAAAUAUUGGACACUGUGUGUUGUCAAGCUUAUGAGAUGCAAUGCAAGUGUAAGCCACUGUGACACUAUUGUUCAUUUAUUUUUAUUUUUAUAAAUGUCUAAUGAUAAUGUCAAUGAAGGGUUUUUAAUCACUGCUAUGUUGAAAUUGUAACUAAUAUUGAUACUGUUGUUGAUAAUAUUCAUUUUUGUUUCACUACUUUUGGUUUGUUCUGUGUCGUGUUUGUGUCUCCUCUCAAUUGCUCUGUUUAUUGCAGUUCUGAGUGUUGCUGGGUCGGGUUUGGUUUUGGAAUUGGAUUGCAUUGUUAUGGUAUUGCUGUGUAUUGUUUUGUUGGAUUGAUUAAUUUUAAAAAAAAUAAAAAAGUUAAAUAAAAAAAAUCGAUUUUAAAAAAAAGAGAAUCAAUUCUGAAUCGCACAACGUGAGAAUCGCGAUUCGAAUUUGAAUCGAUUUUUUCCCACACCCCUAGCGUUUAUCAUAACUCUCUCGCUCUCUCUGUCUCUGCCCCUCCCUCACGAAUGCUGCGCGCACAAUUUGUUUUGUUUUUAACCCCUUUUUGACCCUGAACGUACAUUGAAAAUACACGCAACCCUAACUCAAAAUGCCGGACAUUUGAGGCAUUUAAAAAACUCCGCCCUGACAGCUCCGCAAAAGAGGACGUAUGGUCAGUCUAUCGUAGCCAGUUAGCUGCUAGCAUGCCGUGUGUUGUGCCUUGGUAUGCAUUGUUUACACAACAUGCGUUACGCUACUUAAUAUGUCCAUGUGGAAAAUCUUUUGGUACACCUCCGAACUGAAC